AUGGCCCGGGAGUUGAGCCAGGAAGCGCUCCUGGACUUUCUGUGCCAGGCCGGGGGCCGUGUGGCCAACGUCGCCUUGCUGAGCCACUUCAAGAGCUUUCUCCGAGACCCCCACGCGUCCCCUGGCGAGCACCAGCGCCGCCGUGAGCUUUUCAAGGGCUUCGUCAACUCGGUCGCCGCAGUGCGCCAGGACCCCGACGGCACCAGGUAUGUGGUGCUGAAGAGGAGAUUCAGGGAUCUUUUGGGAGAGGAGGGGCGCGGCCGGCAGGCGGCCGCGAGAGGCGGCGAGCGCCGGGGCAGCUCUGGUCACAAGGCGCGGGAGCCCGCGGCUGCGCCCGCGGUGGCCCAGGCGGGAGUGAGGUGCGCGGCGGAGCAGGCGCAGGGCCCGUGCUGCUGGGAAGGCCUCCAGGACGGCCCUCGGGGACAGCCGGGUGAGCCGCUGCUCGGCGCAGUCCCCGACCCAGUCACGGCCGGGGAGAAGCCAGCGCGGGCUCCGCGGGUCCAGGAUGAACGAGAGGUUCCCAGGCAGCAGCUGCAAAACGCAGCCGCUGAGUCCACGCGGGUGCCAUCAGCGUCCCGCUCGCCCGCUGCAACCGUCGAAGCUGCUGGGAGUGACGCUUCCCCUCCUGCUUUCGCGUCCUGUCCUACUUCCCCUGGAGAACUAUUGGAAAUGCUGACUCCGGGCUCUCAGUCUUACUCCACCCUGCAGCAGCAGCAACAGCGCACACGGGAAUGGGUGGCCAGACACCCCCAGAUACCCGUGGCACGCGAACAGGGCCCCACCCGAGCAUGGUCAGUGCUGCCAAAUGACUUUCCCAGGCUACCCUCUGAGUUGGACUUUUGCAUCUCAAAACCUAACCCAGCGUCGCAGGACUCUACUCUUGCCUCCCAUUCCCUUGUUCCCCUAACUCCCGAAUCCGUGACCGGCAACUCUCCCUUGACAGUCUUUCGUAGCAUUCGCUGUCAGCUGUCCCUUCAAGAUAUGGAUGACUUUGUGGACCAGGAGAGCCACGGCAGUGAGGAGAGCAGCAGCGGGCCCAAAGAGUCCCCUGGGGGUUCUGAAGAAGGACUGCAGGUUGCCCUGGGAACCCCAGAUUGGAGAAAGCUGAGGAAUGCAGUUGGGGGUCAUUCUCCAAAGGAGGGGCCCUGCAAGAGCCCCCAGCAGGACAUCAGCAAGAGAGGAGAGAGUCACACCUCUCAGCUGGUCCUAACAACGAAUGGGCAUGCAGCCCACCCCCAGGAAACUGUGCCCUCGCCAGCCCCCAAGUUGAGGCGAUCCCUCAGAAGGAGCUUUCGUGCAGGGAGAGCCAAAUUUUCCUCCUCAGAUGAGGAGCACCUUGAGGAGGACUUGAAAAGGAGCCGGCGCCCACCACGGUCUAGGAAGCCCUCGAAGGCAGCAGCCAUAUCCAGCCCUAGGGUAGAUGCUGCUUUGACACUCAAACCUGCAAAUGUUAAGGCUGCUAUUGCUGGUGGGGGUCAUCCACACAACUCAUGGCCUCGGGGUGCAGAAGAACCUUCAGCGUUGGCCCCCCACCGACUUUCUGAGCACAAGUCAUCCCUGGUUCCCCUAGAUGCCAGGGAGCACGAGUGGAUUGUGACACUUGCCAGUGGCUCUUGGGUGCAGGCCUUGCGUUUGUUCUGUCAGGACCCUCAGCUGGCCUUGCACAGAGACUUCUUGACGGGGUUUACUGCCUUGCACUGGAUAGCCAAACAUGGCAACCUGGUGGCUCUUCAGAACUUAGUCGCGGGGGCGCAGAGAGCAGGGAUCGCUCUUGAUGUAAAUGUGAAGUCCAGUUGUGGAUAUACCCCUCUGCACCUUGCAGCAAUCCAUGGCCACCAGGGGGUCAUUAAAUUGCUGGUGCAAAGGUUGGCUUCUCAGGUGAACAUCCGGGACCACAGUGGGAAGAAGCCAUGGCAGUAUCUGACCAGUAAUACCUCUGGGGAAAUAUGGCAACUACUGAAAGCCCCUCCGGGCAAGCCCAUUUUCCCUGUUUAUCCCUUGGUCCGAAGUUGUUCCCCCACCAGGAAGGCAAAGAGCGGGGAUAUACCUAGAAAUGUGACUCGAAAGACUUCUUUGGCUGCACUCCUCAAAGCUCAGCACAACAAAUGGAAAUUGGCCAAUCAGUAUGACAUACUCCCCACUCCACGGGAAAGACAAGAGUACAGUGACUGAGGUGGCGACAUGCAGUCACUGCUGCACC